CUGCAAUUAGAAUUCCUGACAAGAAGUAGAAGAAAGGGGCGCACUUUGGAAAAUGGCGGCAGCUGGCGGAGAAGGUGCGUAGGAAAGAAGGCCGGCAAUGGCGGAAGCCGCGAAGGAAUACGCGGCAGGCCUUGCAGCGGGCAUUGCUACCGUUAUAACGGGCCAUCCAUUCGACACCGUUAAGGUGAAGCUGCAAAAGCACAACACUGAAGCGCAAGGGAAGAAGUACAAGAAUGCACUACAUUGUACUGCUCGAAUUCUUAGUAAUGAAGGAGUGAAAGGACUCUACAGAGGUGCAACGUCUUCUUUUAUUGGGAUGGCCUUUGAAAGCUCUCUUCUAUUUGGCAUCUAUUCUCAAAUGAAACAAUUAUUGCAGGGGGAAGUGAAUAGCAGUAAGCCGCAGCUCAAGGUAAUAAUUCCUUCAGCAGCCUAUGGCGGAGCUAUCAUCAGUUUCAUCCUAUGUCCAGCAGAGCUAGUGAAAUGUAGGAUGCAAGUUCAAGGGACUGACUCGGCAAUUUCCAAGCACGGAAGAUACAGUGGUCCACUUGAUUGUGCUCUUAAGACCGUGAAGAACGAUGGAAUUAAGGGCAUCUUUCGGGGCGGUUUUGCAACUUUGUUAAGAGAAUCGAUUGGAAAUGCUGUCUUCUUUAGCACUUACGAGUUCAGCCGUUAUUACGUGCAUUUGCAACUGGAUUCAACUUCACACGGUGUCAACCACCAGCAGAAGUUGUUAGCUGAUGUGGGGAUCGGCAUAAUCAGCGGUGGGCUUGCUGGUGUAGCUUUCUGGUCUACUGUCUUGCCCUUGGAUGUGGCGAAAACCGUUGUUCAAACGUCCCCAGAUACAACUUCUACCCGGAAUCCUUUCCAGACACUCAGCUUGAUACACAGGAGAGUAGGGUUGAGUGGAUGCUAUGCAGGUCUCGGGCCCACAUUGGUGAGGGCAUUUCCAGCUAAUGCUGCUGCCAUUGUUACGUGGGAGCUGGCUGCAAAGAUGCUAGGGGUGAAGCGGGUCUAAAAGUGGGGGUGUCGAUUUUUUCAUUGCAUCAGCAAUGCUGCAGUUGUUGGGCCAUGACACGGUGAUGUGCCCUUAAAGCUGUGUUUGGCUGUUAUUUUCAUCUGGCAAAGCUCAACCAUGAGACUGCAUAAGCGCCUGCCAAUCUGUGAGACUUUUUCCGAAACAAUGCAUCUGAGGAGAGCUUUAUCCAGCAGCUAGUGGUUCUCACAACAGAAGAUGAUUUAUUGAGUCAAGGAUGCUGUUUUUUGAAGAAUUUUCCAAAGAUUUGCAGAAUGAUUGUUUAUGAUUUUCUUGUCAAGUAGAUUACGAAGAAAUUGCUUUGGCGAAAUCCCGUCACGGAGGUCAGUAGUUCCAACUAAUGUCGCAGAAUGUUCUCUUCUUCUUCUUCUUCUUUUUGGUCUUUCUUUUUUUCUCUUUAUUCUUAAAGACUUUCAAUUGAUAAACUUGAAAAUGGUAGAUGAAACUGAGGGGAAUGAAUCCCCAAUACAAAGAACCUCUCUUGGAUUGCUUUUC